AUGUCAAGAGGCGGUUACAGCAAAAUAUCUAGUGAUGAUGAAAAAGUAAGUUUUACAUCCGCUCUUUUCUUUCGUUGGAUGAACAGCGUCCUCAAGACAGGCAGUCAAAGACCUUUAGAUCAGGAUGACUUUUUACCGUUACAAGAAGAGAACUCGGCCUGUUUUCUCACCGAGAAGUUUCGAGAAAGCUGGGAAAACAAGAAAGUUCACUGCAAAAAAAAUGGGAAAAAACUCAAGUUGUGGAAAAGCGUGUUUCAGAUGCUCUCUGUUGAAGAUGUUAUCAUUAUUUUGUUGGGAAAUAGUUUGUUUACAGUAUCUCGCCUUCUCUAUCCAUUGCCUCUCGGAUAUCUUGUUGCCAAACUAAUGUCAACUGAGACGGGCCAUUCCUUUUCCCUCUAUGCAUGCGCUUUGGCUUUGUGUUUCAAUGCUUUGAUCGGCAGUCUUGGAAUGCAUCAUCAAGACUAUAAAGGAGAAGUGUUGGGGAUUCGAAUAAGCAGCGCCUUGAGAGGUCUGGUGUACCACAAGACGCUUCUUCUCAGCAAGCAGACGUUACUGAAAUUCACAGCUGGACGCGUAAUUGACCUGAUAUCCAAUGACGUGAAGCGAAUGGAGGAAGAGACCAUCAAGUUUUUUUUCUUGACCAUUUUCGCAUUCUUUAGCACUGCGGGAUCAAUGUUCCUUAUCACAUAUUUGAUUAGCUGGCAGGCUGUAGUGGGAGUUAUCUUCAUGUGUUUCCUACUGCCGUACUUUGCGGUCAUGUCCUAUUUCAGUGCUAAGCUGCGCCUACGCACGGCAGCCGUGUCCGAUCAGCGCAUUUCUUUGAUGAACCAAGUUGUGUCCGGGAUCCGCGCGAUCAAAACGCAUGCGUGGGAAGAUGAAUACCGAGAAAAAAUAAAGCAUACUCGAAGGCAUGAAAUCAGUGUCAUUUCGAAGAAGACAGCCAUUAAUUCAACCAUUGAUGCUUUGAUUUACUCUGUGGUUCCAAUGGCUACUCUUGUUUCAGUAAUCGUCAUGGUGUUAACGGGACAAACCCUCAAGCCUCCUGAUGUUUUUAUGCUCCUUUGCUUUAUGCGAAUACUUAAAAAUAGCUGCUUCUAUGACUUGCCCGUUGGCUUUAUGGGAACAUAUGAUGCAUUCGUUUCGCUUGGAAGAAUCGAAGAAUUUCUUCUUUUGAAUGAUAUGUCUGAGACCUCAUUUGGUGAUGAAUGUAAAGAAGACAGACUUCAAACAGAAAGUGGCUUAACUAGACCAAAUAUCUGUUUCUCUGAUAGCCAAGCUGAAAAUAUGAGCCGAGACAGUUCCUACUUUGCGUAUCACGAAAAAGACCCAAUACCUACCACUGUAUGUGUUUCGAAUUUGACGUGCAAGCAAUACCUUCGUGAAGACGAGUUCAUUCUCCAAGAUAUCGACAUAGUCGUACCUCCACAGAGUUUAACAGUUAUCACCGGACCAGUAGGAAGUGGAAAAUCUACUCUGCUCUCGGCGAUUGCUGGUGAAAUACCUUACGCAAGUGGAACAAUUAAAUACCAGGGUUCUGUCAUUUAUUUGCCUCAGUCUGCUUGGGUGUUCUCGGGAACGAUAAGAGAAAACAUUUUGUUUGGUCAGCCUUACGAAGAAUUCAAGUACGAAAGAAUAGUCGAGGCUUGUGCUCUGAAGGAAGACAUCCAGCGGUUUCCUGAUGGCGACCUAACGAUUGUGGGAGAACGCGGUGAAGUUCUGAGCGGAGGACAACAAGCGAGAAUCAGUUUAGCGCGCGCAGUUUAUGCUGACGGAGAUCUCUAUUUAUUGGAUGAUCCACUGAGUGCUGUCGAUUUCAAAGUUGGUCAACAUAUCUUUGAAAAGUGCAUGAAAGAUCUACUGGGUAACAAAGUUGUUCUUUUAUCCUCACACCAUCAACAGCACAUGGAAAACGCCGGCCAAGUGAUUGUGUUGAACAAGGGCCGUGUGCUGGAGAAGGGACGAUUCACUGAGCUACAAGAGCAAGGCAUAAUUAGCUCAAUCGUUGACUCUCAUUUUAAAGCAUCUAUGAAGAACAACACUGAGCCAUAUGAGACGGUUGGGUUGGAGACCAAGGAGAAACACGAUGAUAUUAAUAAAUGUCAGGAAAUACUUCCCCUGCCCAAUGCGGGCAAGAGUUUAGAGAUAGCACCGGAGGAUCGCACAAUCGGAGUGGUAACAUCUAAGCUUUAUUGGGACUACUUCACAAGUGGAGUGCAUCCCUUAACAAUAAUUGGAAUGGGCGUUUUAUUUCUCAUCUCUGAAGCCGCCAUAGUUGCUCCGGACUUUUGGCUCUGGUUUUUAACAGAACAAAACCAAGAGGAUCAGAAAAACAAGACUUAUCUUUCUAUUUACGCCUGUCUUGUGAGCGUGUGUCUUAUAUUUACCGUUGUUCGAGCUUAUGGUUUCCUCCUGAUUUGUCUGAGGUGUGCUGAACGUCUGCACGAUAAAAUGCUUUUAGCUAUAUUACAAGCACCUGUUCUGUUCUUUGAUUCAAAUCCCGUGGGAAGAAUCCUAAAUCGCUUUGCUAGUGAUAUCGGCUGCGUGGAUGAGCUGCUACCCAAAACAUUCUUGAAAGCAGUGCAGAAUCUCUUGUCGAUAUCCAUCUUAAUUCUGAUAUCGAUUACCACAAAUCCUUGGCUUUUCUUUCUUGCCUUUCCACUGACGACGAUGGUAGUGUAUAUUUCCAAGUAUUACUUGAAGACUGCCAGAGAGCUGAAAAGGUUGGAGUCGAUAUCCCGAAGCCCAGUGUUCUCUCAUUUUUCGGAGACUCUGGUAGGACUGGACACGAUUCGCACCAGAGGAAGGCAGGCAGAUUUUGUGGAGACAUUUUACAGAUAUCAAGAUGUUCAUAAUCAGUCGUACAUUUUGGUGAUGGCCAGUGGUAGAUGGUUAGGAGUCCGUUUGGAUUGUCUCGCUUCCCUGUUAGUUGGUGCAGUUGCUCUGGCCGCAGUACUGGUCUCUCAAAAUGCCGCUUUCGCUGGCCUUUCACUUGUUUACGUCAUCCAAGUUAUGGUAAUCACUCAAUAUACUGUUAGAAAAGCCGCUGAAGUGGAGAAUUACAUGACGUCAGUUGAAAGAGUUCUGACGUAUACUAAACUUAACUGUGAGCCUGGGUACAAAGUAGAAAGACACCCCCCUAAAGAUUGGCCAAGUGAAGGACGUAUUGCAUUCAGAGAUGUAUCAUUGACGUAUUAUCCGGGAGGACCUCAAGUGCUGAAGGAAAUAAAUCUUAAUAUCAAAGGAGGAGCAAAGAUCGGAGUUGCUGGCCGUACAGGAGCUGGGAAAUCAUCGUUAGUGGCAGCUCUUAUGCGCAUGCCUGAUGCUGACGGAGAGAUAAUUAUUGACGAGAUUUCGAUAAAAGAUAUAAACCUCCGACAAUCCCGACGAAGUAUUUCGGUCCUUGGUCAAACUCCUGUGCUUUUUAGUGGAACACUGAGAAAAAAUCUAGACAUUUUAGAGGAGUUUGAAGAUCCUGACUUAUGGCAGGCCUUAGAAGACGUGCAGCUAAAAGAUUUUGUAGAGAAUCUUGAGGCGAAGCUUAAUCACGAAUUGCUUGAACACGGUGCUAAUGUCAGUGUAGGAGAGCGGCAGUUGAUUUGCUUGGCUCGUGUGCUGCUGCAGCGAAGUAAGAUUAUUAUAUUAGACGAGCCAACUGCGCAUGUCGACCCCGCCACAGAGCAGACGAUUUGGGACAUUGUACGGGAAAAGCUGAAGGACGCAACUGUUAUCACUAUAGCUCAUCGUUUGAACACUUUAAAAGACUGUCAGAUGAUUUUGGUUCUGAAAGAUGGAAGAGUUCAUGAAUUUGACAAAUUUAAUUCACUGGUGAGCACUCAGAUCUGAAACUGGCAUGGCCCUUUGAACGGACUGAGGAAAAUUUUAACUUGGAGGCACGUCGCCGCAUUUUGACUCCGGCUC